AUGAUUGAGAGGAUAGAGAUUAAGAAAUAUAUUUUAAAUGGUUUCUAAUAGCAAUAACAAAUAAAUUAUUUUCAAUUGAAAAUGCAAAAGCUAAUUGAACUUAUCAAAACAAAUGAGUUAGAUUAGGCUGUAAUAUAUGCUCAAAAAUAAGUAUAAAUUAAUUUUAUGAAGCCUCACCUUAUUAAUGAAAUUGAAAAAGUUAUGUCCUUAUUGGCAUACAAAGACAUUAGUAAAUGUCCUUUUAGUCAUUUAACAUAAAAUUCCUAAAGAAUUAAAGUAGCAAGCGAAACUUAUAAGGAAAUGAAGCAAGCAAAAAUAACAUUACUAAAGAAAUUAUUAUAAUGGGCAUAAGAAAUUUUGAAUUCUAAACUUCAAUAUCCUUAUCUAAUAGAAAUAUCUAAAGGGUAAUUCUCAAAAGUAUAAUGA